AUGACUGGUAAUUAUAGUAAUGAACUCGGUCUGUUUUGCAGGUUAAUCAGAAAAGAGUACCUAGGAGUAUUCGCCCCUAUUUUCCAGCUCCACGCCUGGUGGCACAUCUUAGCAGGGACUGGGACAUAUCUCUCUGUCUUAUUCAGUGCUCAUACAAGAUACCUAUACCUUGGAAUGAAACCAGAAAUCAAGUUUUGGAUGAAAGUCUGGCCAUACCUGAGACUUCGCAAGCAAAAGAAAGAGUAGUGAUUCAUUCCAAAAUGUUAAAAAAGACUCUGAAAUCAGAGAACAAGACAUAUCUUGCAUUGUGUUUAUCAUCUGUUUGAUGGUAUCUAAGCUUUGAAGGGAAGAAUCAAUCUUAUAUUUUCCUUUUUAUUU